AUAACAAAGAAUAGAGAAAAAAAUUUUUUUAAACGGAAAUGUCAACGGUAAAUAUUCAAUUACAGGACCAGACUAUUCUAUUGAUAGAACGUUCUUCAUAUAGAAGUUUGGUGUUUCGCAAUGCCGUUGGUUCUAAGAUUUGAAGAUCAGGUGUUUUACUACAUUCUAAGAAAUUUUAGGAGUCUGAUGAAGAAUUUAUCUUUUCUUCGUUUGAUUAAAAAUAAGACAAUUCCACCUUCAAUGUGCGAUAGAAUAUUUAACGGACUAAAUAUUUUUUAUGCUGGAAUUCCUGGAGAUUUCUUAGAAAUGUUCACCGUUGAUAAAAUACAAUUAACUCAUAUAAGAUUUGGCGAUCAAAAUAUCAAGAAUAAAAAUUUCAUGAAAUUUUUAAUAGAUCAAAAGCUCCAAAAUCUUACUAUUGAACCUCAGAAAAUAAUGGCGGUUGAAGAAUUGUUGGGGUUAAUAGACAGCGAACAUUUAGAACAAUUCGCUGCUCAUUAUUGUGAAUUUUUACCGAUGAACAAAUUAUGCAAAGAAAAUCGAAAGAGACAACUAAAACAUACGCGAAAGAAGAGUUUUGUAUUUUCAUGGCCAUUUCCUCCACUACGAAAUUUAACUGUUUUAAAUGUUUCGGAAUCUCCGGUAGACAAUCUUCAAUUUUUUUUUAUUACUAAAGAGUCUCAGCAUUUGGUAGAUGUUAAUAUUUCUGCCACAAGUAUUACUGACCUUCGACUCUUGAAAAAGCAAACAAAACUCCAAUAUCUCGAUUGUUCUGGAAUGAAUUCUUCAAUAGAAAAGAGUUAUAUUUAUCUCCAUUGUCUAAAAAAUUUAAAAUGUCUUACUUUUGGACAGUACUUUCCAAAUAAAUCAAAAUUCAGGUUAACGUGGUUGAAAGAAGUCAAUCCAGUGAUACAGAAAUAUCUUACUGUAGAAGAAUUAGAAGCCUAUAGAGAAGUUCCUCAGCAAUUUAAAACAAAGCGUAGUUGGAAUAUAUCGCAAUUCUUAAGACUUGCUCAUUGGAAAGAUAUAACUUUUUUUGAGCUAAUAGGAAAAUGGAAUCCCUCUCCGAGUAGCGUUAGUGAAUUCAUUAACAAUCAUCCUAAGCUUGAAUUUAUAAGCUUAUCAAAAAAUUUUCCAGAAUGUUUAAAUACAAGUUUAAAAGUCAAAAAGAAAAAGAUGAAAGACAUAUUUAAUAUUCAUAACUACGAAAAAGUGUAUGGCAGGAAUGAUAUGUCGUUUAGAAUCAUCCACGAUGACGAUUCUUUUCCUAUUGAUCGUCUAAAUAUUGAUGAUAUCGAUAUUAUGUACCAUUCAAUAGAUUUCCAUGAUGAAAUUGUGCUUCCAAAAGUAAAUGAGUAUAAAAAGAACUUUCCAAGAGAAAGACGGGAGGAAUUUUGUCAAUACCUUGCAAAAGAGUUAACUUUUGAGAAGUUCAGCUUUUCUGGUAUUGAAAAUCUUUUGAGCGAUGAAUGUCUAUUAAUUUACUGCCUUGAUAUUGAAAAGUCUGAUCAUUUUUUGACGAUUAUUACUCUGAUAGCGGAAAAGUUUUUACAAGCUUAUUCUUAUAUAUCCAGUCCAUUGGGAUAUAUCUUCUUUGAAGUUCUUACGAAAUAUCAUCAAUAUUUCAAAAUGACAACUAACAUCAGCCUUGUUUAUAGGAAGCUAUUUGAGGAUCCUGAUUUAUAUUUUUACGAUUUUGCAUAUCAAGAUCUGAUGAGAUGUUUAAUAAAAUUUAUUGAUCAUUUAGAUCUUGAUAAGAUGUCCGGAAAGGAUCUAGCUGGUCUUUGCAGAGGUAUAAGGGACAUAAAGAAAUGGUCCAGAACAGAGUUGUUCAAUGACUUUAUUCCUAAACUUCACGAUACACUGCAAAAAGUUAUUAAGCACUGUAAGAACAAGUUCGGAUGGGAUAUGACAAAAGUAGAAAAAAGUAUUGACUACAUAACAGCAUAUUGCACUUCGGGAGCUAUUCCUGAGCAUGAUGACGAGAUGACUGAUGAUGAUGAUGAUGAUGAUGAAGCUAUUUUAAAUACCACUAUGUGCACCACUGAUAGUGACGAUUGGGAUGUAAUUGAGACGAAUUGAAUAUAGAAAAUAUAUUUGUUUGUAUGUUAAAUGUUCAUAUAAGUUUUUAUUUAAGGAAUAGUAAUUUUACCAGAUAACAUCUGCUGAUGAUUCUACACGUGUGUUUAAAUCUAUUAUAGUGCCAAAAACAAUUUUUCUUUUAAGGUAAUGACUGUGGUAUUUGAUAACAUUUUUAAAUAUUUUAUUUCUAAAUACUAUCUUAUUUAAUUCAA